AAGGGGUGUACAUUAUAAAAACAUUUUUUAGGGUACAACAUGUCAUAGAUAGGAAAUGAUUUUUCCCCCAUUGGCUGACAAUGACAUAGAUGCUUUUGUUUGGUGGUACCACAAAGCAAGUAUAUAAAUCAAUAUUAUGAUUAGCAGGGGAAGUGAGAAUAUGGAAUAUUACGGGGUUGUGUGUUUGGUAUUAGCCAUUUUGGUGUGGAUAUGGUUGGCAAUGGUGAUGGAACAUAAAAAAACGAAACUUGGUCAUCAACUUCCACCUGGACCAAGAUGUUGGCCAGUGGUUGGCAACAUUUUCCAGAUAGGUUUGUCACCUCCACACGAGUCCUUUACAAUACUUGCUCGUAAACAUGGUCCUAUCAUGACCCUUUGGCUAGGUUCCAUGUGCACCGUCGUUGUCUCCUCGAGUGAAGUAGCUUGUGACAUGUUCAAAAACAACGAUGUUGCUCUUGCUGGAAGGAAGAUUUAUGAGGCCAUGAAAGGGAAUCAUGGGCAUGGUAGUGAAGGUUCACUCAUAACUUCUCAAUACAACGCCCACUGGCGCAUGCUGAAACGCUUGAGCACCACCGAGUUCUUUGUCACAAGUCGCUUAGAUGCUAUGCGGGGUGUGCGUGCAAAAUGCAUAGACCGCAUGGUUCACUUGAUAGAUGAAGCUGCUCGUGAGUCUGGGAAUGGUGUUGAUGUUGGCAAGUUCUUUUUCUUGAUGGCUUUUAAUCUCAUUGGGAACCUUAUAUUUUCAAAGGACUUGUUAGACCCUGAAAUGGAGAGAGGGGCUAGAUUUUAUCAUCAUGUGGUUAAGGUUAUGAAAUAUGCUGGGAAACCAAACGUUGCAGAUUUCUUUCCUAUAUUGAAGAGGUUUGACCCUCAAAGAAUAAGGAGAAACACACAGUUUCAUGUUGAAAGAGCCUUUGAGAUAGCAGGUUGGUUCAUCAAACAAAGGAUGGAAAAUGAUAUUGUUGACGGUGGGAAUGAAAACAACAAAGACUUUUUGGAUGUACUCUUGCAAUUUCGUGGCGACAGUGUCGGCGGGCCCUACAGUUUUACUUCGAGGACUAUUAACGUUGUUGUCUUUGAAAUGUUCACUGCGGGGACAGACACGACAACAAGCACACUAGAAUGGGCGAUGGCAGAACUUCUACACAACCCAAGAACGCUAAAGAAAGUGCAAAUGGAACUAAGGAGCAAAAUAGGAGCAGAUAGGAAAUUUGAGGAAAAUGACAUAGAGAAACUUCCCUACCUCAAAGCAGUUAUCAAGGAGACGUUGAGACUUCACCCACCUCUUCCAUUUUUGGUUCCUCACAUGGCCAUGGACUCUUGCAAGAUUGGAGACUACUACAUUCCCAAAGAAACACAAAUUUUAGUGAAUAUUUGGGCAAUUGGGAGGGACCCAAAAGUGUGGGAUGCUCCUUUAUUGUUCUGGCCAGAAAGGUUUAUGGAGCCAAACAUGGUAGAUUACAAGGGACACCAUUUUGAGUUUAUACCUUUUGGUUCAGGUCGAAGAAUGUGCCCAGCAAUGCCUCUUGCCUCGCGUGUGCUUCCACUGGCACUAGGCUCACUCCUCAGCUACUUUGAUUGGAUUUUGCCCGAUGGCCUGAAGCCAGAGGAUAUGGACAUGACAGAGGGAAUGGGAAUAACAUUGAGAAAAGCUGUUCCUUUGAAAGCCAUACCUGUGCCUUACAAAAGAACCCCUGUUGAUGUUGCAGCGAAACAAUAAUGGCAUCUACCAGUUAGCUACAAAUUAAACAAAAAUGUACAAACAUGCUGCUGUCUAAGACUUGUCAUCAUCAUGAACAGUUGCUUUGAUGCUUUUCUACAUCUUGGUUUGCUACGCUAGUAGUAAAUUAGAGUUAAUUACUUUCUGCCUGAUUUGCAUAUUGUUUAUUAAGAAUCGUGGUUUGAUUAAUGUGCGGACAUUUUGAAUGUAAAAUACUGCUACAUAUGAAGAUGUAUCUAUUACAUAUUCCUUUCAUGCACACUGGAUUGGCUCUUUGCACAAGCCCAGAAGUCUCAACAAACAAAACAAUUUCAUGCACUGGCUGUAGUUUACCAUUUAUGUUGAUUAGUCCACCUUCUCUAUC